AUGAAACUCAUCACCAUGGCCCUGGUGUGCCUGCUGCUGGCUGCAAUGUGGCCACAAGAUGUGACCAGCAAGAGCAUGCACGUGCCCUCCGCUAGAUGCUGCUUCGAUUUUCUGGAGAGAUUACCUUCCCAGAAGUUAAUCCGGUGUUAUAGAAACACCAGCCCCACCUGUUCCCACCCAGCUGUUAUAUUCAGGCUGAAGAAAGGCCAAGAAAGCUGUGCCUUGAGUUCAAAGGUUCAAGAUUACCUGAAGAAGUUAAAACCCUGCUAG